CCAGUGGCCAAAGGACAAGUUUAAAUUUCUUAUUUCCUCUAGAGAGCCUGGAGAAAGGCAGCAGGCACCAAAUACAGGAAAUCAUGUGGAGAGGAUCUCUUAUUUAUUAUGGUUCCCAUAUUAAUUCCCCUCCCCCAGCCUCCGCCCCCACCUCCAGCCAUACUCAGUCUUCCAGCUUUUUCCUGCAGCAGGAGGACAGAAGGCAGUUCACCUCUGCUCCCUAAGGUCUGUGUGAGUCCCGAGGAUCUGAAGUCUGGUCUUGUGAAACCCCACCCUCCUGUGGUUGUGCGAACUCACCCUUGAGUUACACCUCACUUAAGAGGUUCCCAGGAAGAUCUCCAGUACAGGGUCAAAUUUCAGGAGCCUGCAAGCCACAGAAGAGAAAGGCAAAGCACCUCAAACGUAAAGAAAUGAAAUCCCCAAAGAGAACCACGCUGUGCUGUAUGAUUAUUGUGAUUUAUUUUUCCCAAGCUACACCGAACUUGAAUUUAGAGUCUAUUGUUCAUCCCUUGAUUCUCCGUGAACAUGAACUAGCGGGGAAGGAGCCACUAAGGCAAAAACGAGCAGUUGCCUCAAGCAGAGUUGCGGCUGAAGAGUACACUGUUGAUGUUGAGAUCAGUUUUGAAAACGCCUCCUUCCUGGAGCCUAUCAAAACUUACUUGAACAGCCUCAGUUUCCCAAUUCAAGGGAACAGCACUGACCAAGCCACCACCACCAUUUUAAGCAUUGAGGUGACCACAGUCUGCAGACCUACCGGAAAUGAAAUCUGGUGCUCGUGUGAGACAGGCUAUAGGUGGCCUCAAGAAAGGUGUCUCCACAAUAUCACUUGUCAAGAGCAUGAUGGCUUCCCUGCAGGGCAUCGUUGCAGUUGCCUUAAAGGACUACCUCCCAAGGGACCUUUUUGCCAGCUCCAGGGAGCAGAUGUUACCCUAAGAAUGUCAGUCCGACUCAAUGUGGGCUUUCAACAAGACCUCAAGAACUCUUCCUCUGCUCUCUAUAGGUCCUACAAGACUGACUUGGAAACAGCGUUCUGGAAAGGUUACAGUAUUUUACCAGGCUUCAAAUUGGUGACUGUGACAGGGUUCAGGCCCGGAAGUGUGGUUGUGACAUACGAGGUCAAGACUACAACACCAUCACCUGAAUUGAUGCGUAAAGCAAAUGAUCAAGUAAUGCGGAACCUUAAUCAGACCUACAAAAUGGACUACAAUUCCUUUCAAGUAGUUACUAGCAAUGAAACUAAGUUCACCAUCGUGCCAGAAAUCAUUUUUGAAGGGGACACGGUCACUCUGAUGUGUGAAACUGAAGUUUUGUCCUCGAACGUGUCCUGGCACCAUGUCGAAAGGCACUCCGACCUCCAGAACAACAGCAGAUUCUCGGUUUACACCUUCGUGCUCAACAACAUGACCUCGAUAUCGCGCCUCACUAUUUACAACAUCACUCAGGGGGAUGCAGGUGAAUAUAUUUGCAAGCUGACAUUAGAUAUUUUUGAAUAUGAGUCCAGAAAGAAAAUGGAUGUUACACCCAUCCGAAUUUUGGCAACUGAAGAGAUGAAGGUGACGUGUGAUAACAAUCCUGUAUCUUUGAACUGCUGCAGCGAGAUUAACGUUAAUUGGAGCACGGUAGAAUGGAAGCAGCAGGGGAAAAUAAACAUUCCAGGAAACCCUGAAACAGACACAGAUUCUGGCUGCAGCAGAUACACCCUCAAGGCCGACGGGAGACAGUGUCCAAGCAGCCUGGGUGGCGUGAGGGUCACCUAUGUGUGUGAGUUCAUCAGCGAGCACGGAGCCAGAGGCAGUAAGAGCAUAGAAGUGACGUUCACCUCUGUGGGAAAUAAUUCCAGCCACAAUGGGAAAGUGCACGAGCUCCUAAGGCAUGUGAUGGAAAUGAGUACAGUUCAGAGCACCACCGGGAACAGCCUAGAAACCAGUAAAGCCCAGGAACAGCAAGCCAACCUAACAAUAACCCGGGACCCAAUUUCUGUUUCUGAGGGGCAAAACUUUUCCAUAAAGUGCAUCAGCGAUGUGAGUAACUAUGAUGAGGUAUACUGGAACACUUCUGCUGGAAUUAAAAUAUACCCAAAGUUUUACACCACGAAGAGGUAUGCUGAUGGAGCAGAGUCAGUACUCACAGUGAACACCGUGACCCGGGAGUGGAAUGGAACCUAUCAUUGCAUAUUUAGAUAUAAGAAUUCAUACAGUGUCGCUACAAAAGAUGUGACUGUUUACCCGCUGCCUCUGGAGCCAAACAUCAUGGUUGAUCCCUUGGAAGCUACAAUUCCGUGUAAUGGUUCCCAUCACUUCAAGUGUUGCAUUGAGGAGAAUGAAGACUACAAAGUCACUUUCCAAAUGGACUCCCUAUCCUUUCUUGCAGAAAAAGAAGUUAAAGGAAAGCAAGUGUGCUACAAAUAUAAUUUCAUGGCAAGCUCAGUUUCCUGGUGUCCAAAAAAGCUCAACAUAUUUUGUCACUUUACCAAUGCUGCUAAUAAUUCAGUCCAGAGCCCCUCUAUGAAGCUUAACCUGGUUCCUGGAGAGAACAUCAUGUGCCAAGAUCCCAUAAUAGGUGUUGGGGAGCCUGGGAAAGUCAUCCAGAAACUGUGCCAGUUCUCAAGUGUUCCCAGCAGCCCUGGAAGUCCCACUGGUGGGAUCAUAACGUACAAAUGUGUAGGCUCCCAGUGGAAGGUGAAGAAGAAUGACUGCAUCUCUGCCCCAAUAAAUAGUCUUCUCCAGCUGGCCAAGGCUUUGAUCAAGAGCCCCUAUCAGGAUGCGAAACUCCCGACGUACCUAAAGGAUCUUUCUGUUAGCACAGGCAAGGUGAAACACGAAGUCAGCUCGUUUCCUGGGAGCCUGGGAGCCAUCAUUAACAUCCUUGAUUUGCUCUCAACGGUUCCAACCCAAGUGAAUUCAGAAAUGAUGACGCACGUUCUGUCUACGGUUAACACCAUUCUCAGCAAGCCCGUCUUGAGUACAUGGAAGGUGGUACAACAGCAACAGACCAACCAGAGCUCACAGCUACUGGAUUCAGUGGAAAGAUUUUCCCGAGCAUUACGGCCAGAAGAUAGCACUGUUCUGUCCAUCAACCAAACUAAUGUGCAGAUGAGGAGCAUGGUGAUAAAACCUGGCCAUCCAAAAGCCUACAAACAGAGCUUUGUUUUCUCAGACUCAGACCUGUGGGGUAAUGUGGCCAUUGAAAACUGCCAGCUGGGAAACCUGCAGCGAGAUUCAUCUAUUGUCACCGUGGCUUUUCCAACUCUCAAAACCAUCCUCGCCCAAGAUGUCCCAGGAAAGAAUUUUGCCAACAGCUUAGUGAUGACAACCACCGUCAGCCACAAUAUAACCUUGCCAUUCAGUGUCUCAAUGACUUUUAAGAACAUCAACCCUUCAGGUGCGGUACCUCGAUGUGUCUUCUGGAAUUUCGACCUCGCCAACCACACAGGGGGGUGGGACAGCAGUGGGUGUUACGUGAACAAAGUCGAUGAGGACAGCGUCUCCUGCAUCUGUGACCACCUAACGUCGUUCUCCAUCCUCAUGUCCCCUGACUCUCCGUACCCUGGUUCUCUCCUGGAAAUACUGCUGGACAUCAUUUCCUACAUUGGGUUGUGCUUUUCCAUCUUGAGCUUGGCAGCCUGUCUAGUCGUGGAAGCCGUGGUGUGGAAAUCAGUGACCAAGAACCGGACUUCCUAUAUGCGCCACAUCUGCAUAGUGAACAUCGCCGCCUCCCUUCUGGUGGCUGACAGCUGGUUCAUUGUAGCCGCUGCCAUUCAUAACCAUUAUCACCCACUCAACAAGACAGCCUGUGUGGCCGCCACCUUCUUUAUCCAUUUCUUCUACCUCAGUGUCUUUUUCUGGAUGCUGACUCUGGGCCUCAUGCUCUUUUACCGCCUGGUUUUCAUCCUGCAUGACGCAAGCAAGUCCAUUCAGAAGACUAUUGCCUUUUCUCUUGGCUAUGGCUGCCCCCUGGUCAUCUCAGUCAUCACAGUGGGGGCCACCCAGCCCCAAGAAGUCUACACGAGGAAGAAUGCCUGCUGGCUCAACUGGGAGGAUACCAAGGCCCUGCUGGCCUUCGUCAUCCCAGCACUGAUCAUCGUGGUGGUGAACAUGACCAUCAUGAUUGUGGUCAUCUCCAAGAUCCUGAGACCUUCCAUCGGGGACAAGCCAAGCAAGCAGGAGAAGAGUAGUCUGUUUCAGAUCAGCAAGAGCAUUGGGGUCCUCACGCCGCUCUUGGGGCUCACCUGGGGAUUUGGUCUUGCCACUGUGUUCCAAGGAAGCAAUGCUGUGUUCCAUAUCAUAUUCACUCUCCUCAAUGCCUUUCAGGGGCUAUUCAUUUUACUCUUUGGGUGCCUCUGGGAUCAGAAGGUGCAGGAAGCCUUGCUGAAGAAGUUUUCACUGUCAAGAUGGUCUUCACAGCACUCAAAGUCAACAUCCCUCGGUUCAUCUACACCAGUAUUUUCUAUGAGUUCUCCGAUAUCAAGAAGAUUUAACAAUUUGUUUGGUAAAACAGCCCCGCAGGGCCCCCCAGGCAGUGAUGGAAACCUUGUUAGCAGUGGCAGCUCACCAGUCUGAUGGCACGUACAAUGUCUCCACCCCAGAAACAACCAGCUCAUCCCUGGAAAAUACAUCCAGUGCUUACUCGUUGCUCAACUAACAACAGGAAAAUCCACCCAUACGACUUCUUAAAGGACAGUGGAUGCACUCUGAAAAAAGUCCUUCCAAAGCCACGGGUGAACUGUUUUCUCCACAGGCUUCCUGGAGCGGAUGCUGAAGAGACUGUUUCAUUAGGGGAAGAAGCUUUCUUUCAUCAGGACGGACUCAAAGUCAUUGUUAAGUUUAUUUGCUGCCCCACCCCCACCUCUUGUGUGAUACUAAAUGUGUAUAGUAUUUAAGUGAAACUCAAGUCCCCAGAGGCCCAAUUUCCCUAUCUGUAUUGUAAAAUAGAAUUUCAAAGAGGCAUUGUUCCUUUUCACACGUUGGACACAAAAAUAAGCUUUCCUAGGUACAAGGCUAAUACCUAGGAACUACUUCAGUGAAUUCUAAGAAGGAAGGAAGGAGGGAAGGAAGGAAGGAAGGAAGGAAGGAAGGAAGGAAGGAAGGAAGGAAACAGGAAAAAAGAAAAAAGAUAGAGAAAAACAUUAAAAACUACAUUACUUCCAUGUUAAUGUAAUUAUUCAGACACUGCCACAUGGAGAAUACAAAAAUGGCUCAAAACGGAAACUGAAAUAAGCCAGGGGGAAAGUCUGGUAUCUUCCUUGUAUUUUCUUAGCUACGAGAGAGGGACAGAAAGAGAGAGAGAAAAAAAAAAGGACAGUGGGAAAAGACAGGGAGGAAAUUGUAACAUGAAGAUGCUUUCAAGUGGAUAAUAAUAUUUAUAAGAAAUUCAUGGAAGGAGAUGUAAUUCUCCUGAUGCUAAACACACACACAGAUGCUAUUAGUUCGUGCUAAGGUUUGAGCUCAGUGGACCGAGUAGGCAGAGGAAGCGUGAUUGAGGCUCUUUAUUAGAUCCCAGCAGACCCAACGGCUAAUUGCAUCUUCUAAAGUUUAUCGGGAAAAGCCUUACGUGUUGGUUUAUUCCACUUUUUUGAAGGCCACAAAUAUAUUUUUUUAUAUCCAUCACUUGCCAAAUGUGAUAUAAUGUGAUAUAAGUGUGAUAUAUUGCACUGAAAACAGAUCCCACCUGUCAUAUACUGUAUUUAACAGCUUUAACCAGGUACUUCUCUGGGCACAAUAGAGUAGAUUUUAAUAAUCGUAUGGCACGGUUUAUUGUUCCUGUUGUUGCUACCGUGGAUUUCGUGGCCCUUGGUGUGUUGUGUAGCUCCCUAUGCAUUAGCUCUCUAAGUGCUUGAGUUCCGAGACCAAUAUACGUUAAGAGUUUUGCAUUGUC